UUUGCAAACUACCUAUAUCUAGGAAACAAUCAAUAUCAAUUACCAAAAAUGGUUCAACAUCAUACCAUUUCAGGUUUAGUUGGGAAGCUUGUGAUUGAAUCGGAGGUUAAUUGCAAUGCUGACCGUUAUUAUGAAAUUUGGAAACAUCACGAAGACCUUCCUAAUGCAACCCCACAAAUUUCUGGCGUCAAAGUUUUCGAGGGACAUGGAACUACUUCAGGCUGUAUAAAGCAAUGGAACUACACCGUUGAUAUGGAUUUAUUACGAUUAGAAGCAAAAAGAAAAAAAUAUGCACGCAAAGGUAAAAUCCUAUGUAUCCUUGAGAAAACAACAUACAAUGAUGAUAUGAUGACAAUCUGUCACAGCCAUAUCGAAGGAGACACGAUGACGAAGUACAAGAAGUUUGAUGGAAUUCUGCUAGUUAAACCAAAGGCUAAUGGACAUGGGAGUACCGUGAGCUGGACUAUCGAAUAUGAGAAAAUUAACGAGGUAUCUCCGAUUCCAAUCGAUUAUCUAGGGUUUUCCCAAUCAUUAAUCGAGGACGUGAACUCUCACAUUUGCACUUAAUUCUCAGUAAAUACCUAUUGAUGUUAUAUAUCGACCAACGUAUAUCCAGCAUCAGUAAAUCAAUUCCUAUGUUUACAGGGUCUCUGUGAUAAUAAAUGGUACGUGGAUUUAUCACAAUCCAAAUAAUG